AUGCUCUCCUUGUUGCGUUCACGUUCUACCGCUGGCAAGAAGAACGACGCUGCAGUGAAGCCUCCCGCCGACAAGCAAGAGACGACCAGCACUCCGGCCAUCCCGCAAGUUGACAGUGCGCAGUCACCGGACGCCGCCACCAGCCCCGCGCCUCCUGCAGACAGUGCAGCCGCCCUUGCCCCUCCCUCUGACAGCGCGUCUUCAUCUGCUCCUGGAUCUACCGCAGGCAGCGCUGGUCACCAGCCGCCGGUCACGACGCCUCCUCCACGCGCAGCGAGACGGCUCUCAUGGCGGCCCUUCGCUCAGCCGGCUAGCAGUAACGGCGAUGGUCAACCUGCAAAGGCAACCCCCAAAGCAAACAAACCUGCAGACCCUGCAGGCCGCCCCGUCGUGCGCACGCGCUCAGACAAGAAAGCGCAGGAGUCCGCACUGCUCGUGCGCGAGCUCAUCGUCGGCCCGUCGUCUAGGGCACCCACCAAGGUCAAGUCGAAGGCGCACUCAAGCGCCGAAAUCGAGAAGGUGAAGGCCCAACUGGCGAGGCCCAAGACCGCAAGCAAGGUAAUUGCGCAGCUCCGGCAGCUGUCGUCGUCAGACGAGCCGGGACCCAUCCACGCUGUCUGCCUCUCGUACACAGACGCGGAGGCGCAUGACCACCACUUUUCCCGGCUCGCGGCGGACAAGACGGCAGCUUCCGAGGGUGCGCAAGGUGCUGAGGCUGGUACAGCGACGACUACUUUACGGUCCAUGUCCGUCCAUGUUCACACCAAGACGACGGAAGCGGAGGUCUGCAGCGUAGCGAAUGCGUCUAUCACUACCCUCCAGACGGUCUUCUCGGGAGUCAACCUCGUCAGUCUGAUCACUACGCCGGACUUGGGCCUUGGCGGUCCACCAGAUGGACCGGGAAUCCUCAGCGGGGCAUUGCCAACGGCGCAGGCCGUCAUCCAAGGCGUUGAACACAUUACGCCCCAGCUCAUGGCACUUGGGUAUGCAACGGGCAAGGCGGUAAUGCCUGACCACGCUGGCAUAUACCCUCCAACCGAUAGGAUGUCAGUCAUUACUUAUUGGUGGGGUUUUGAAGUUGCCAUGCCUGCGGCGUCCUUGCAUUACCUCGAUAACGUGCCGUCGGUAGCGCACGCCGUCGUGAACUUCUUGACGGCGCUCUCCGUGGCGGAGGGCGGUGUGCGCGAGAUCAUGCCCUUUGUGCGGUACAUCUCGCAGUUCGUUGAUACCGAGUACAACAUGAUCAAGCAACAGAAUGAAGGGCAGGGCGUCGUCUGCGCCGCGACAUGGAUCAUGCCCGUCGCCCUCGUACCACGCCCAUGGGACUUUCCGCAGCCUCCUCCGAAGACCGCAGACCCAGCGGCUUCGGGCGACGAAAAUCCCGAUGCUGGCCCGACAUCUGUGCCCAUCUUGGUCACACCGCACGGUGCGUCGUCGACCGCCAACCCGGAGGGCUUGCAGAAUCUCCCUGAGGUCAAGGUUACUCCACCCACACCCCCCGCGUCGCAGACGUUGAAGAGUAGCACGGAGACAGAUCAUCCCUCCGUUACUUCUGCUGCCGCAGAGACCCCCGCGUCGUGA